GCGGCAUCAACUCCACCAAGUGGCUCGUUCCCUACCCCCCAAAGUCUGCCGUUUGACUCGUUCUCUCACGGGUUAUCGCGCGUUAACGGAGUCUUUCGUCUCGAGUUAUUCACUCCAUCUGCAACUCAUUCAGUCAUCCGUCAUAAAUUAGAGACAAAGUGUCAUUCGUCCAAAACUAAUCAGCAGCAUCAUCAUCAUCAUCCGUCAAUCAGUAGCCCAACAAUUAUUGUCAUCGUUUGUUGCAAUGCACAGUUAAUCAUCAUCUCCAUCAUCAUAACGAAUUUUAUAAAAUACAAUUUUCAUCAUUACUUACCAAUAAUUACCAAAAUCCAUAUUUAUAUUUUGCGCACGGUUAGCUAUUGCCGUGAUCUAAGGUGCUCUAGAAAUAUAAAAUAAGGCAAGGUAAUCACCUGUAAUUAUCAAUUAGCGUCAACAUCAUCCAUAAAUCAUCAUACAUAAAUCAUACAUUAUCAGGCAUUAUACCAUCAUCUAUACAUCAUCAUCCAACAAUCACCAAUCCAUCAAUCAUGAUCAAUUCAUCAUUAUCAACACCAUCAUUCACCAUUUCAUCAAUCAUCAAUUCACCAUCAUAAACACCACCAUCAAUCACCAAUCUAUUAAUCAUUAUCAGUUUAUCAUCAUCAACACCAUCAGUCACCAAUCCAUAAAUCAUCACUUGAUCAUCAUUAUCAUCAUCAUCUCUCAAUCAUCACUUACCAAUCAUCAUCGUGAUCGACAUCUUCUGACGAGAGGGAAGCGGACACACGGAGCCAGACCAACGCAAUGGGAGCCCCGGGACAGCGACCGCUGAUGCUGCUCGCGGCGUCUUUGUGGUGCUUCAUGGCAGCGCUACCGACUGCGAGGGCUUUUGACAGAGCUCCCCCUUGGAAGUCUGUGGCCCGCGUUCUGCCCUCGAGCCCCCCACUGAGCCCCCCUUUCGACGAGCGGUUUGAGACGUGGUUCUUCGAGUGGCUCCAGGACUACUCGCAAGAGGAGGUGGCGGAGAUAGCCUGCAACAUGCUGCGGUGCCUCAACGACAUGUUUGACCUUGACUCGUUCAUCGCAGCGAUGAACGCCUCUCACAGCCUCCGAACGGACUCUUCCACUGCGUCCACGGGCGUGACCUGGCCGAGCGACACCAUCAAUGGAGAGAGGGUCUCAGGCGCUGACCUCCCAAUCGUAAUCUCCAUUGGGGACCCAGCCUCUGGUACUAACUCAAACGCCCCCCGCUCUUCCGCCAAGCUCUUGGAUGUCGAUAGAGUGGAUAAUGCCCCUGCAACUAAUGAGGAUAGCGCGACUUUACGUUCUUCAAUUAGGAAUACGUUAAGUAGUUUAUUCAGUAACCCCGCUGAGAGAAAAACAGAGGUAGGGGGCGAGAGUACAAUGAGUACACCAUUAUCACCACCAUCAUCAUCAUCACCACCACCAUCAGCAGCACUAACAACAUCAGCACCAGAGCCAUUAUCACAACGAACAACGCCACUGUUAUCAACCUCACUAUCACCACCAUCACUAUCAUCAGCAUCAUCACUAUCACCACAACUAUCAUCAGCAUCAUCAUCACUAUCACCACCAUUAUCACCACUACUAUUAUCAUCAUCAUCAUCACCGAUGCUCUCAAUAUUAUCACCACCAUCACUAUCGCAACCGUUAACACCAUCAUCAUUACCAUCGUCAUCAGAAUCACCACCACUAUCAUCACAACCACCAUUACCAGCAGUGCUAUUACUAUCAACAGCACCACCACCACCACUGGCUCCUCCUCCUCCACCACCAUCGUCAUCAUUACCACCAUUGCCACCAAAACUGCCAACACCAUCAUCACCAGCCCCGCCAUCAUCAUCAUCAUUCGCAUCAAAAUCAUCACCACCACCAUCACCAAUACUUGCAUCAUCAUCAUCAUCAACGCUAUUGUUAGCAGCAGCAUCAUCGCUAUCAUCACCAUCACCACCAUUACAAUUGCCACCAUCAUCAACACCAAAUCCACCAUUAUUGUCAUCAUCAGCAUCACUACCACGAUCACCAUUACAAUUGCCACCACCACCAUCGUCACCAACAGCUCCAUCAUCAUCACCAACACCGAAUAGAUCAUCACCAUCAUCAUCGUCAUCAGUGCACGAUGGGCAGAGCGAUCCGAACGCAACCUUUCCCACUGCUCACUCAGACGUGGUGACGGUGCACCAACACGGGAAGGGGACAACUGGCCACGAAGAAUUGUUGCAGACCACGGAAAUCUCCACCAGCGCGCGUGUCCAGUUCAAAGUUUUCCAUCCCCGGGGAAGGCCAUGGUCACCCGUGAACGCCGAGGUGCUGGUGGCUCUGAGCGGCAUGGCCCUGCUGGUCAUGGGAGGGGUGGCCGUGGCGUCGGUCCUGAAGAGAAGGCGGACCCGUGGCCAGUACAAGCUAGUGGCCGGAGUGGCAAAGGUGGACACGAGGGCCUGACUUUGGCGUCUUUUCGUUUGGCCCAGCGUGUUGUUCUGCCAGAGGUUGGCGUCCCAUCCGCAGCCCGACUUGACUUGAGUAGCAGGCAUACGUAAUGGUAAACAUGUCCUUGGGCUGCUGAUGUGAAAUCACGGCCAUUUUACUUCCGAAUUAUUGUAAUAAGCAGCCAACUUAUUCAAUUCUGGCUGGGCUGCAGAUGAGACGCUAAGGAUAGGCGCAUGUGUCAAGUUUGGCACCCGUUUUUUGACAUUGAAAUCCGCGGUGGGUCGGGCUAAAAUUAGAUCCUCCCCCGCCGCCUCCCUCCCUCUUCUAUCAAUGUAUGCCUUGAGAUUAGUGGGCCAAGGCCAUUUUUCCCAUUGAUUUACCCAGCUGGUCAUGAUUCGGUUUGGGCUGCGUAGAUGCUGGGCGUGCGAACAACAACAGCAACAAUAUAAUACGACAGGUGAAUAAGAUGGUAACUUAUCGUCAGGUGGCGGUCCUGCCAGGCAUUAGCAAAGCAAGCAUCAGCACGAGAACCAAAGAUACUCCAGGGGUCACGGAUAUCAUGAAAACAUGGGUGGGGUUGUAUCAGAGGUCGCAAUCGGGUACCCGAUACCCGUACCCGAUACUCGGUUACCCGUUUGCGACCCUGGUGCGGCCGGGUACGGGUACGAGUAGGUCGUGUGUCACUGGUGAGUAACCGUUUGUCACUCAUUUCGGGUAGGGUACGGGUAGGGAACGGUUACCCGUACCCAUUUGCGACCCUGGUGCGGCCGGGUACGGGUACGGGUAAGGAAUCAAAACCCGUUUGCGACCUCUGGGCUGUAUCAAAUAUCAGGCGUUGGCAGCGCUGGUGCACGUAUGUAUGUUGAAAUGAUUUUGCACCGUACGUUGCCACGGCGGGUAGAAGGGGUUUCACAACAUUUGUGUGCGGUGAUCGACCAACCCCCGCUGCGGCCUUUCAGUGCUGGCUCACAGGCAGCCAGCAGUGUAAAUGGGAAACACCACAGGCGAUGUGGUGGGGUAAAGCGUUGGGGUACGCACCCACUUCUUCCAAGACGUCUGGCCAACGUCGAGGAGCAGACCUAAAUAGCCACUAUAAUGGUUCUGCUUUAGAUGUGUGACCCACAUUCUUUUUUUUAUUGAGUAAUUCUUUUGUGGCCUGUUAGGAACCGGGCCGCACAGCAGGAGGUUAGCGGUGAGUCCAUUAUUUGAUUUACCACUUCCAUCCGCGCCUCUUUCCCGCACUGCGCACGUGUCUCAGUCACAGUUGUGGUAAGCCCACAAGCUCUCACCCCUAGUAGCCAAAUGAGUAAAAAACAAACGUCGCUGGAGAGCUUUUUUGAAAAGUGGGAAGGACCCAAUGAUGACACCCCCCCCGGUCCGUGAAAAAAUUGUCUUCCACGAAACCGGUCCCUUUGUGCCAAAAAGGAUGGGGACCGCCGGUCUACAGUAUUAGUCCAGCUGUCGCGAUGUUAGGACAUGCGUUUGAUUUGCUUGAUGUUGCUGUGGCGUUUCGACAUUGUUAUCCCCCCUGCUUGGUGUGCGCGUGUUUUUCAUUUUUAUUAAAAU